GUCUCACCUUUGACCCGUCAGAGAGCUGACUUCCGCCAUUUUGCUCUGUCAUCAUCGGUAUCGUCUCCAAACUGAAACGAUUUGUGAGGAAUUACAGACGUCGUGCAGACCACUAACCCCCAUAGAGAUGGAGGAGUUCACAUCUGUGCCUGCAAUUCAAGAGCUUCAUGCGGAACAUACUGCCAAUGAGACGCAAAUCAAGGAGAAGGAGACAGGCCUGCAGCCGGAAACUUGUGAUGUGAACUUUCCCCAACCCGACAAAGAAUCAACCUCACAGAAGAGCAAGGAGAGAAAAUGCACUGGUAAGGAACCCUUCAUGUGUGGAGAGUGUGGAUACCAAACGGUUAGGAAGGACCACAUACUCAGACAUAUGAGAACUCAUACAGGAGAAAGACCCUACAAAUGUGAUCAGUGUGACUAUUCUGCUGGACGAAAAUCCACAUUGGACAGGCAUCUUGCAAACCACGCCGGUGUGAAACCUUAUGCAUGUGGGGAAUGUGGGUAUAGGACAGCUAAAAAGGCCCACUUAUCCCAGCAUAUGAGAAGCCAUACAGGUGAAAAACCUUAUAGAUGUGACCAUUGUGACUAUUCUGCUACCAAUAAACGCACUUUGUGCAUGCAUAUACAAUCAAAACAUACCGAUGAGAAACCCUUCAUGUGUGGAGAGUGCGGGUACAGAACCAAUCAGAAGUGUCACUUAGCUGUACACAUGAGGAUCCAUACUGGAGAAAAACCCUACAAGUGUGACCAAUGUGACUAUUCUGCUGCUGUAAAAUGUACUUUAGACCUACACCUCGCAAAUCACACUGAUAAGAAGCCCUACAUGUGUGGGGCAUGUGGGUACAGGACGGUUACAAAGUACAAGUUAUCCCAACACACAAGAACGCAUACAGGAAAUAAACAAUACAAGUGUGACCAAUGCGACUAUUCUGCAAAGGCAAAAUUUACUUUAGACCAACAUCGAGCAAAACACACUGGUGAGAAACCUUACAUGUGUGGGAAAUGUGAGUACAGAACAAGUCAUAGAGGUCAUUUGAUAAGCCAUAUGAAUACCCAUACAGGAGAAAAACCCUACAAGUGUGACCGUUGUGAUUAUUCUGCAGCACGGAAAUCGCAGUUGGACAUCCAUCUAGCAAAACACACUGGUGAAAAACGUUAUAUGUGUGAGAUUUGUGGACAUAGAACAGCAGACAAGAUUUGCCUUACCCUACACAUAAGAACUCAUACAGGAGAAAAACCCCACAAGUGUGACCAGUGUGAUUAUUCUGCGGCACAGAAAUGUUCUUUGCGAAAGCAUAUAGCAAAACACACUGGUGAGAAACCCUACAUGUGUGAGAGGUGUGGGUUCAGAACAGCGAGAAAGUCUACUUUAUUCCAACAUAUGAAAAUCCAUACAGACACGGGAGAAAAACUACAGGUGUGACCAGUGUGACUUGUUAGUACUUAAGCAUACAUGUAUAACAUUGUACAUUGUAAAUGCUAUAGUACUUGUGCCCCCUUUGUACAUAUACCAUAAUCCUCGUUGUAUCUGUUUCUACAAACAGGUAGAAAUAAAAAAAAUACCUUAUACUGUACAUGUACAGAUGUAUGUGGUAGUUUUUACACUUAAUAUAGUUGCUCUACUUAAGCAAUACUUAAUUGUUUUUAAUUUCUGUAAACAUAUAGACCACCUUUCCUUUUUUAAACUUCACUGUGGAAACGUUUUUUUUAUUUGAACCUUUAUAUAUUCAUGAUAGCUCCAAUCGGCUAACAGGCCGCUUUUGUGAACAUAAGACUCUCUCAUAAUUAGGAAUAGUUAGGAAUAUUCAGAAUAAAAAAUGAGUGUUUCCAACCAGUAGAAACUCUGUGCGAUCCUGAAGAUCAAGUGGCAAUAUUGGAAAGAAUUUCCCAAACAUUAUAGCAUUGAAUAAUGAUGUAUGCUGCAUCGUUAGAUUGUGCAUGAAAAGUAUGUAUGGAUAAUAAACUAUUCU